AUGAAGGGCGUUCUCUGCUGGGCCGUUGCCGGCUUGCAGCCUCUCCUCUCCGCGGCCUUGACCAUUGCCGAGAUCAACGGCAACAGGUACAUCUCGUCCUACAACGGCAAGACCGUCAGCGAUGUCACCGGUCUCGUUACUGCCAAGUCCUCUGCCGGUAUCUACAUCCGCUCGACCACCCCAGACGAUGAUGAGGCCACUUCCGAAUCCAUCUACGUCUUCAGCAGCACCAUUGGUAGGACCGUCGACGUCGGCGACAUCAUCAACCUGGGCAGCGCCAAAGUGUCUGAGUACAGGUCUUCCAACACCUACAUGUACCUGACCGAGCUCACCAACCCAUCGGACAUCACUAUUGUGUCCAGCAACAACGCUGUCACUCCUCUCGUCAUCGGCAAGGACACUCUCUCUCCUCCCACCGAGCAGUUCACCAGCCUCGACGAAGGCGACAUCUACGGCGUCCCGAACGCUCAACAUAACAUUUCUGCCGUCAACCCUGUUCUGAAGCCCGCCGAGUAUGGCCUCGACUUUUGGGAGUCCCUCACUGGCGAGUUGGUCACCGUCAAGGCCCCCACUGCCCUCAAGAUCCCCAGCAGCUACCGGGAUACCUGGGUCAUCGGUGACUGGAAGGUCACUGGCAAGAACGACGCCGGUUCUCUCACCAUGAGCGCCAAGGACUCCAACCCCGAAACCAUCCUCAUCGGCGCCCCCCUCGACUCCACCAAAAACCCCACCACCACCAAGCUCGGCGACGCCCUCGAAGACAUCACCGGCGUAGUCACCAACACCUACGGCUUCUACACCAUCCUACCCCUCACCGCCAUCAAGAUCAAGACCCCCUCCGCGCUCACCCCGCCCCCUACCAGCUUGGUCUCCUCCGGAUCCUGCAACGGUCUGACAGUCGGCACCUACAACGUCGAGAACCUCGCGCCCACAUCCGCCCACAUGCCCAAGGUCGCCUCGCAAAUCGUCACCUACCUCAAGUCCCCCGACCUGCUGUUCAUCCAGGAAGUCCAAGACAACACGGGCGCUACUGACGAUGGCGUGGUGUCCGCCAACAAGACCUUGGCCACUUUGAUCUCGGCUAUCAAGAGUGCUGGCGGCCCGACUUAUGACUAUGUCACCAUCGAGCCAGUGAAUGACGAAGACGGUGGACAACCGGGUGGAAACAUCCGCACUGCCUAUCUUUACAACCCAUCCAUCCUCAGUCUCAAGAACCCGAACCCGGGCUCCAGCACGGAUGCCAACGAGGUCAUCGUUGAUGCCGAAACAGGCCAGCCGAGCCUCAAGUUCAACCCUGGCCGCGUGGACCCCCUUAACGCAGCAUGGAAAGCUACGCGCAAGCCCUUGGUUGCCGAAUGGAUUGCCAAAGACGGAAAGAAGCCGUUCUUCACGGUGAAUGUGCACAUGACCUCCAAGGGCGGGGGUAGCAGUGUGCAUGGCGAUGUGAGACCGCCGAUUAAUGGCGGGGUUGAGAAACGCACGCAACAGGCGGAGAUUACGGCCAAGUUCAUCUCGCAGAUUUUGCAAGCCGACCCGGCGGCUCGUGUGAUUGCUGCUGGUGACUUCAACGAGUUCGCCUUUGUCAAGCCGUUGACUACUUUUGCUGAGGUGUCGGGGCUGAAGGAACUUGAUGAGGCUUUGAACACUCCUGUUGAGAACCGUUAUACCUACUCCUACGACAUGAACGCCCAGGCCCUCGACCACAUGUACAUCUCCCCUGUUCUCGCUUCCUCCAAGAGCAAGUUCCAGCACAUCCACGUUAGCUCGUGGGUGACUGAUUCUGCUGUGGUUUCGGAUCACGAUCCUAGCGUUGCGCUGUUCGAUGUGUGCGGAUGCGCGGAUUCGAAUAAGAGGGUUCAUAAGCUUUAA